UUCAAAAUUUAUUUAAUUUCAAAAUGGCCUCGUUUCUUUACCGAGGGAUACCACGUUGGCGCGAGGCCAUAAAGCAUUCAUCUAAAUUAAAAGAUCAAAUAAUCAUGUGUACAAUUUCAACGAAAAGAAUCAAUUUUAACUAUGGCCCAACAGAUCUCGGAGUAUUCUCAUGUUGUGAACACUUGGGAAUGUUAUCCACGUGUUCAGUAUUUCCAGAAACGUUUCAGGGACGUGUGCAAAAGAUUCAAAAACCUUACAAAUAAAUCACCAUAUCCAGAUCUGUUUAGAAGUUUAAAACUGGAGAAUGAGCUCGGAGAAUUGUGUGCAAACCUUGAGACAGCCCUGCAAAUACUUGUCAUUGGACAGGACGAUUUAAAUAAAAAUGAUAUCAUAGUAACAGAUGAACCAUUUAGACGGCAGUCGAUCAAUUCUCAGUUGUCAGAAAGAGGACAUGCUGCAAUGACGGUAGCAGUGUGUUAUACAAAAGACGAUGGUACACAGAGGCUUCAGGAUGUUGUUGAUACUCUCGGUCACUUCAUGGCGUCUUCAAAUAGAGCAAAACUUGAUUUAGUAGAAAACCUUUUCCUUGUUUGUAAAACAAACGCACCCAAAUCUGAUGAAGAAGUGAGACUAUUUUGCAAUGAAAUGAUCUUUGAAAUUAGAAAACUGUACGGUAUUGAAGUAUCUUCAGACAGAAUUAUCUUAGGGCCAAAUGUCGGAUUGCUCGGCAGCAAAAUAUCUCUUUUAAUAGAAUCAAAACUUGUAACCAAAUUCAUGAAAAUUGAAGACCAUUUGAGCCAGGUUGCGACAGAGAGAUCAGGUCCAAAUUUGAAAUAUAUUGACACAUUAGAGAAUGAACAAUUCGUCUGUGCUGUACGGGGGUUUCUAAGGAAUGUUUGGGGGAUCAUCGAUGAUAGGGACAUGCACAAGGACGAUGACUUUAUUGAAAUCGUCUUAGACUCUCUGGUCAAGGUGAUACGUUGCUCUAUCGUUGCCAUUGUAUCUCUCAAAUAUAGCUUGCCUCAAGAUGCAUGCCACUUGCUAGCCCAUGAAUUGAACCUGGAACAGAAAUUGAAAAGCAGUAUUUCAAGAAAUACCCGGUACCAUCUCAAAAAAAUUGAGGAGUUUUGCUCAAAAGCAGAAAUUAAACAUAAACAGUACAUUUUUCCUAUCAGAAAGUUUCUGUUCAUCGCACACCCAUUAAAGGAUGAUAUCAAGGAACAAACAGCACUUUUUGAAAAAGAACUGGUUUCUGUCCAGCAUGGCGUAACUAUUAUGAAAAAGAUGUUGUUUGAGAUAAGAGGUUAUAUCAAACAAUCAAUUGUCCGAGAAGGCGAUAUCUCACGAAAACAUACUGAAACAACACCCAUUCCGGCAGAAUUAAGAAAAAAACUGUUAACACUUGAUGGGGUGUUUGGAGUUGGAACCGUAUAUGGUGAGUUUGAAAUCCAUUUAAAGAAAACAACAGAGACACGUCUUAACGAUGUAAAGAAUGGUAUUACAGAGGUUUUCAGAAAUAUGAACAUUCACCGACCAUAUCGGUUGAGAGAAGUAUUAAAAGAGCCUGUAGAUUUAGUUAUGUGGCAGUGUGAAACCGGGAAUACACUUGAAAGUAUUUCACCAGACACAGGUAAUUUCCGAAAAGGGACAUUGGGAGGGUUUGCAAGUAAUGAUGAUAACCAGUUGUUUGGAUUGACAUGCGCACAUGUUGUUCAGGGUUCAGCAGGUGAGCAUGACGUCUAUAUUAAAGAUGAUUCUUUCCAACAGCAUAUGUUUGGAAAGAGCUCACCGGAGAUGACUGUACGUUUUGGUAGCACAAAGCUCUCAUGGAUUGACUUCGCUGCAAUAUCAGUAUGUGAUGAUGUACGCCAGAGGUGUAUGCAACUACUAAAAGAUGAUGAUGGUAUUUUAAGAACAUCAAAACUAUCUACAGCUUGUCCAAGUGAUCUUGUCGGAAAAUACGUUUACAAGUAUGGUGCAAUGACAGGCUUUACCGAAGGUAUCGUUUGCUCUUCUGACUAUAGCAUGUUUGAUGGGCAAGAUUCCAAAAGCUACAUAGUGCUUAUUGACACUAAGUCUUGUGACGGUGAAUUUUAUGCGAAGGAGGGAGACAGUGGGUCAAUCAACUGUAUUUCUACAUUCGAGGGGGACGAUAAAAUCAUUGAGGCUGUAACUAUGACGAGUGCUGGACGAUUCAAUGUAGAAGGAUUGGAUUCAUCGCUGUGUCUAUCGUUCCUUUUGAGCACUGCUUUUCAAGUUUUCAAACAACAUUCAAAUGGAGUAGAACUUUCGAUGCCGACAGGGAUUAACUGAUGGAACAAUAAAAUUGUUUCUUCUAGAUACAAAAUACAGUUUUGUAUUCAGGAAAUCUACAUAACGUGUGUGAUAAUAACAUUUUCAUAAUCAUCACGUAUAAGAAAUGACAACAUUUAGAAUAUCAUCGUAGUUAGGAAUUAAAUAGACUAAUUUGAUUAUUAAACAUAAAUUUGGACGUUUCCGUGUCAUUUUUAUUUGUCGUCAAAAAACCUUGAAAAAUAUUCUAUGAUUAUCAAAUAUUUACUACUGAAUAUUUUAUGUAACUAUCUAUUGGUCCAUUCCGUAAAGCCGAAAUAGUUAAAGGAGCCGAAAAAAGUGGGUAAAUAACGUGUAUGUAUAUUUAACAACUUAAGCAAGCCUCAAUCUUGGUCAAUAUGCACACUUUUUAAAUAGUACAUAACCUU